AUGGGUCCUAAACUGGUCCUAACCAACGCAAUCUCUGAAUAUAACCCCUUGCCAUGCUCAAAGUACAGCACGCCCAAAACUGGGGUCUUUUCUAUUAUGCCACGGAGAUGGAUCCCUUAUGCCGAACUCAUGCGACUCGAUCGUCCGGCAGGCUACUGGGCCUUUUACUGGCACUUUGUCAUUGGCCUCACCUUGGCAGCCAACAUGUCUUCUCCAAUUCCAUCGCCGCUGACCCUCGUCUCUCUGUUUCUCUUCUUCGCAGUCUGGGUAAUCAUACUGCGUGGAGCAGUGUGUACCUGGAACGACACUCUGGACCAGGAUUUCGACCGCAAGGUGUCUAGAACCCGAAAUCGUCCCAUUCCACGAGGCGCAGUCACCACAAUCCAAGGCCAUCUCUUCACACUCGCUCAGAUUGCCCUGGGGACAGCGAUGCUCCUUCCUUUGCCCCUGGGGUGCAUGUAUCGUGCUGCACUCAUGACAGCUAUCCUGCUGGUGUAUCCUCUAGGGAAACGAGUCACGGAUUUCCCACAGGUCAUAUUGGGGAUUGCAUUCGGGAUGUCUAUCUUCGUUUGCAGUGCGGCUCUAGAUGCCGAUCCCCAUCCACUUCUUGGAACGGAAACCGAUGACCUGCGCCUGGUUACUGCGCUUUGUUUCUACAUAGCAAGUAUCCUGUGGACAGCCAUUUUCGACACUAUCUACGCGCACCAGGAUGCAAAAGACGAUGCCAAGGUGGGUGUACGGUCGUUAGCGGUUCGCCUUGGCGACCGCACGAAGCACACAUUGUCUGUUCUCGCGGCGACACAGGUAAUGCUGCUGUUCGCUGCGGGUAUAGCAUGCAAUUUCUCGGCAAUCUACUUUGCAGGCAGCUGCAUUGGAACAGCAAUCUCUUUGGCUGCUUUGUUAUGGUUUGUUGAUCUGCGGCACUCGGCGAGCUGCGCGUGGUGGUUUUGCCGGGGGUCUCACCUUGUGGGUGCGAGUAUGGUUGCCUGGCUGCUGGGGGAGUAUUGCGUCAAACCUUAG